AUGGCGUGCGUUUUCCAACAAGCCGCCUCACUGUCCAGCCUCGCCGCCUCUUGCGGAGGCCAAAGCGGCGCGCUCAAACAUGCGGAACCCGCCAAAGCUGCCUUCCCAAUCAAAGCCUCCCCGUCUGUUGUUUGCUCGGCACAACGCAAAUUGAAUGAGGCACCAAUCACACGCCGCCACCUGUCCCUCCUCGUCGCCACUUCCUCCGUCGCUCUCUCCGCCCUCACCCUCCCCGACUCCGCCUCCGCUCGUUCCCGCGACGAGGGCAAGCGGGAGGCGCUGGAGCGUGUCCGCGAAGAGGCGCUGGCCCGUCAGCGUGAGGCGGAGGCCGCCGCGGCAGCGGAAGCAGCGGCGGAAGCGGAAGCAGCCGCAGCAGCAGAAGCAGCCGCAGCAGCGGAAGAAGCAGCAGUAGCGGAAGCCGCGCAAGCUGCAGAGGCAGCGGGAGAAGGCGCGGCGGAAGCAGCUGCGGAAGACGCCGCCCCAGACGGUGGCGCUGAGAUUGUCGAAGAAAAAUCAGAGACUAGCGGAGAGGCGGUGGGGGAAGGAUCGGGGGCGGAUGCUGCUCCUGCUGAUGCAGGGAAGGAGGACGCUAGUGACGCCAAGGGUCUAAACCCUCGGGAAAUGAUGGGGGAUAUGAUGGAAGAUGUGAUGGACAUGGUCGAUGAUAUGAUGGACGGCGUCUCGUCCCUUAUGGACAAGCUGCGGUCACUCACCCCUCCCAAAGGAUCGUCGUAG